AUGUCAAGUAUUGAUGAUUUGUUCAAGAAGCCAGCUUUACCCAGUCAUAAGCGCAAAUUAGAGCCUACUCGAGAUCCAAAUGAAAUCUACAAAUCCGCGAAAUUGUCCGCGAGUGGCCAUGCGAAAAAUAAUGGCAAACAACCGGCAGUAGAAGAGGAUGAUGAUAUAGAAGCUGGACCUUCCGCUCCGCAUGGUGACGACGAAGAAGACUAUGGACCAGAUAUUCCAGACGAUGAAGAGGGCCGAUUUUUCGGUGGUGGUAUCACGAAAGAUGAAUCUGAAAUAUUAGACUAUAUGGAUGGACAAGAAAGCGCAGAGAUCGUUCCUGAGAAAAUCGACUCGGCGUGGUUACGGAAAAUGGCCCUGAACUUUGAGAAGAAGAUCACGAAGAACGCGGAAUUGAGAGCCAAAUUUGAAAGCGAUCCGCAAAAGUUUAUGGGGAGCGAAGCGGACCUAGAUGCAGAUAUCAAAGCUCUAAGUAUUCUAUCAGAACAUCCUGAAUUAUAUGGAGAAUUUGCGAAGCUAGGUUGCGUUGGAAGCUUGGUUGGGUUAUUGGCGCACGAAAAUACAGAUAUUGCGAUUGAUGCCGUGGAGAUUAUCAGCGAACUUACGGACGAAGACGUGGAGGCCGAACAAGAACAGUGGAAUCAAAUUGUGGAUGCUAUGAUUGAGGCGGAUUUAUUAGAUCUGUUGGUCUCGAAUUUUGCGAGGUUCAAUGAAAACAAUGAAUCGGAUAGGAGUGGUGUAUACCAUGCAUUGUCUGUGUUGGAAAAUUUGGCGUCGAGAAUAACGCUUGCGGAGAAGAUUGGCCAGGAGACAAACAUACUGAAUUGGUUACUGAAUCGAAUACCGAAAAAAGAGUCGCCAGUGAGCCAGAACAAACAAUACUCGGCAGAAGUUAUGGCAAUUCUCCUUCAAUCAUCUUCACUGAAUCGACGGAAACUUUGCAAAUUAGACGGUGUCGAUCUCCUACUUCAAAUAUUGGCAGCCUACAGAAAACGCGAUCCUAUUAAAGGAACCGAGGAAGAAGAAUUCGUAGAAAACGUGUUUGACUCCUUAACCUGCUGUGUUGAUGAGCCAGAAGGAAAACAAAAGUUUGUUGAAGCAGAAGGUGUCGAACUUUGUUUGAUUAUGGUCAAAGAGGGCAAAAUGAGUAAAUCACGCGCACUCAGACUAUUAGAUCAUGCAUUGGGAGGACAAUCUGGCGCAGACGUUUGUGAAAAGCUGGUAGAGGCGGCGGGUCUCAAGGUAGUAUUCGGAAUGUUCAUGAAGAAAAUCGACGGUCAAACCAUCGAACAUGUACUAGGGAUAUUCUCAAGUCUACUGCGUCUACUGCCUGCCAAUCAAGCCGGUCGGCUUCACUAUGCAGCACGGGUAUCAUCUGUAGAUACGGAAAUCCGCAAAGAACAAACGAGACUUGGCGCGGAAGAGAGAGAAGAGAUGGCAGACGAAUGGUUGUCGAGAAGGAUGGACGCGGGAUUGUUUUGCUUGCAGACUGUUGAUGUUAUUUUGGCAUGGUUAGUGGCGGAGGAUGCAGGGGCAGAAAAGAAGAUUCAGGAAUUAUUGGCGGAGAGAGAUGAGGGGUUGAAUUUAUUGAAGGAGACGAUACAAGAGCAAUUGGAUACCCUGGUAGGAGGAGAUGAGGAGGGAGAUGGUGAGGAGAAAUUGAUGAAGGAUAUGUUGGGAACGCUGGUGGAAUUUUUGACUUGA